AUGGAGCACCCUCAAACCAUAGGCACCACAACAAGAAGGACCUGUUGUCAUACAAGCUUUUUCCGCGAUCUGACCUUGAUAGUAGUUUCCAUCUUUGUAAUUUUGAUGGCCAUCAUAGGCAUAGCUUGGCUUGCCAUGCACCCUCAUGACCCUUUUCUUGAGGUGAUAUCACUUUCUGUGACCAACUUCUCUGUCUCUGUCUCUGAUUCUGAGCUUAGAGGCAAGUAUGAGCUGUCACUAACCAUAACAAACCCAAACAAGAAAGUCCAAUUGGUUCUUGACAGUUUCAACGUGGGGCUGCUUUAUGGUCAUGUACUGCUCUCAGAGGCUGCAGGGCAACAAUCACCUUUGUUUGUUAACAAGAUGGAGAACAAGUGUGUGAAGGUUGAGUUGGCAGAGAGGAACUCACCAGAGUCGGUGAUGCAUGAGGAUCUGGUUGAAAACUGGAACAAAGGGGUGGUGAAGUUUAACGUGAAGAUGGGGGUGAGAGUUAGAUUUGAAGCUGGAAUCUGGCCAAGUAGGGAACAGUUCUUGCAUGCAUACUGUGGGGACUUGAAUGUGGGGUUUUCUCCAAAAGAGACAGGGAAGCUUUUGGGUGUAGGAAAGGAUUGCAACAUAGUCAAUGCAGGAUCUUAG